AUGUUAACUGAACAAAUAAGUACUGGAGAAAAGAAUUAUGUCACAACUUAUGUUCCUUUAGUAUAUAGAUACCAGAUAUGCAGCAUUAUUAGUAGCACAGUUCUAGAGUUUAUCAUUCAGAUAAUUUUUAUUUCUUUAAAAAUAUACCCUUUUCUAAUCUCAUUGUUUAUUUCAACAUUACCAUCCAAGACACAAGCACCAAGAGCUCCACGUAUCGAAGCAACAAAUCCUGUGGAUCAAAUUAAAUCCGGCCAGUUCAAACUUAAAAAAACUGGUCGGCAAUUGUCAUCAGCAGGAGAAGCGCAAUUGUCUACAUCAGUUGAUGCACCACCUGUUGCACUGCCACAACCGCCCGCACCACAAGAACAAGUGCAAACCUCUUCAUCAGCUGAUGCACCACCUAUUGCACCCCCGCUACCACCAGGUGGUGGGCAACCAACUGAAGCUCAAGCUCCAACAACACAGAUUACUCCCACAUCACCACCCAAGGCGUCAGGGGGAUUCGAAGAACUUAUCAGCAGGGCUGCACUUCGCAGGACUAGCAAGUCUCAACAGACGGAUCAGAGAGCACCACAACAACAGGAGGAACGGCCUCCAACCCCUCUGCCUCCUGGAUCCAGUGCAGCACCUGCUGCAUCCCCACCACCUCCACUUCCUGGAUCAAGUGCAGGACCUGCUCCACCCCCACCACCUCUGCUUCCUGGAUCAAGUGCAGGACCUGCUCCACCCCCACCACCUCCACUUCCUGGAUCAAGUGCAGGACCUGCUCCACCCCCACUACCUCCGCUUCCUGGAUCAAGUGCAGGACCUGCUCCACCCCCACCAGCUCCGCUUCCUGGAUCAAGUGCAGGACCUGCUCCACCCCCACCACCUCCGAUUCCUGGAUCAAGUGCAGGACCUGCUCCACCCCCACCAUCUCCGCUUCCUGGAUCAAGUGCAGCACCUACUGCACCCUCACCACCUCCUCCGCUUCCUGGGUCAAGUGGAGCACCUGCUCCACCCCCACCACCUCCUCCACCCCCACCACCUCCUCCUCCUCAGCACCUGAAGAGAUGACAGCAACAGUAGCUGAAAAUCAGAAACAAAAUGGUAGUACACCACAAAGUGAUGAGAGUACUGGAAUUUCUCCACCUGAAGGGGUCAGUAUGCAUAAAACAGAGAGGAUAGAACAAAAAGAAGAUAAGGAACA